ACGGGCACCGAGAGUCCGGUACUCUAUCGUUUCCCAACAUUUGAACUACUCCAGCAAUCGGGCUCCCGUGCCACACUUUCCACUAUUCUGUAAAAACGUAACCUAAGCCUGAGAAGAGACUACGCAUGAAACGGACAUGCAAUCUAUGAGAGUAAUUACGGUAAAUACCAAAUGCCCACCCCGACAGAAUAUUUCGUGAGAAACCAUUGUUUCCAGACAUAUGUAACCUGUUCAUUUUCCACCAAAACGCAGACGUAUAAAACAGACACACUAGCGGCUACUGAAACAGCAAAUUGUCCAAACGGUUUAACUUUGUCAUUCCUAAUUCAUAUUGCUCACAACGUUUCCAUAUCAAUGAUAUUUGAGAGGGUCGCUGUGAUAUUUGCAUAUAGCCAGUGUGCUAGCUACAAUGUCUAAUUCUGCGGUUUUUCAAACACAGUUAGCUUCCGUUAUUGAUACGAUGGCAAAAACUGCCAUUACAGAGAUUGUCAAACUAGUAGACGAUUACUCUGCUAUUUUACGGUGGGAAAUGUACCGAAGCCAGAGUGAAAACGAAGGACUGAGGAAAAAAUUAGAAGCAAUGGAGAAUGAGAGCCUGAUGACCCGCGGAGAGAGUACAGCCGGAGCUCUAGAUGAUACUGCGAACGACCGCUCUGCCGGAACUCCAAUUAGCGAUACAUCCCGUGGGCCAGGCGCGAGAAAGGUCUCAGAGUUUGACGGUGGGAACGUCCUCUUUCCGGGUGAAGGCUUUGCGAAUCAGGUUUGCGAUGGGAGGGGAGAUGGGGAGCGACCGUACGGAGGAGAAACUGCGUUGCACAAUGCUUUCCUGAAGGAUGAGCCUGCAGUGUUGUCGGCCAAUGAGCCGGAGUUGCUUAUUAUCAAGCAGGAAGGACCUGAGGAAGAAUUCAGGAGCAGCGAUGCAGGAGGACAGCGGGAGGCUGGCCAGGACAGGACGUGGGAAGAACAGGGAACCUUGCAGUGCCCCACCCUCCCUGUUGCCAGGAAACAGGCUCCUGAGCAGCACUGUGAGGAGGAGUGGGCGGGGCAUUAUCCACCAGCAGAGGGCGCCGAGGAGCUGCCACACGCACACAGGACCGGACCCUGCGGGGACCAGAUCAGCGGCUUUCAGUCUGCGAGGCGCAAGCCCGAAAUACAUGGGGUGCAGAACCCCAGGGUAUAUGGGGGCUGUGAGCAGAACGGGGGGAGUCUGGCCAGCCUGCACUCUGAGUUCAGAAUGUAUGACAGGGCCGGUGCACACAGUAGUGACACAGAGGCGGAUGAUCUGGCAUUCUGUUACACUAUGCACCAGCAGGGGGCACUGCAGGCAUACGGACCCACAGGAGAGCAGCCCGCUCUGAACAAGGGCACAGCGGAGUCAAACCCGGAGUCGAACUCGGGCACCCCAGGGAGGACCCCGAGGGCAGAGAAACAGCUCAGUUGCAUGUACUGCGGGAAGUCUUUCCCAUAUUUAAGCUACCUCAAAAGACACCUGCAAAAUCACACGGGAGAGAGACCCCACAGGUGCACCCAGUGUGGCAGGUGUUUCAUUCGCCGCAGCCACCUGGUCCGACACCAGCAGGUGCACACUGGAGUGAAGCCGUUCGACUGUGCACUCUGUGGAAGGAGAUUCGCUCGUUUGAGUCACCUAGACAGACACCUGAGUACUCACGUUUGAGGUUUAAGGAAAAUAAUUUCAAAUGUAAGCAAAUAUCCAAAACACAAAAAUGAGAUGCCUGAUUCAUGACGCACAGAAACUCACUGAAGAGGAAAGCAGCUGUUGAAGUCUAAUUUCCUGAAAUCUGUUGGGUAGUAGAGGAAGACUUUAAAGCUGUGUAGUGCCUUCUCUCUUUCUCUCUCUUCUCUUCCCUUCUUUUGUUUUUUAUGGGGGGAUUUGUUUUAUGGGGAUACAGUUGUUGGCUCUGCUAUGCUUAUGGCAAAAAUAGAUGAAACACCAUAACAUGUCUAAAACUUACUAAGUACUAAAAAUAUUGUUGAAAUUUCACCUGUAUGUACUGCAAAGGUGCAGUGAGGACGUUUCACCUGUGUAAGGAUUUAGACAGGGUCACUGGGAGGAAAACAAGUUUGCGUAUACGUGUAUUGACUGGGGUGUGCUGAAAUAAUGGAUGGCAAGAUUUGUACCCCAGAGAGCAAGACUAUCAGCUGCUGCCAGGCAUUCAUCUAAUUGUUCUCUGACAUUAAGACCUUCUAUCCUGGCAGGUAAAGGUGCUACUCAUCCUGAAAUCUCGCAAAUAAUGUCACACCAUGCAUAAGCGACUUUAACCUGGAAGAUAUGUUUGUCCGGGUGCCGAAACUAACCUAUUCCAGGGAGCCCUAACUAAGGUUACUCCCCCUGGUUAGUGAAACUAUCUAAAUAUCCCAGACUAUGACCCAAUUACUAUUUAUAUGAAAAAAUACUAUGAUCCGUCUGGACACUGAAAUUAACAUCUGUCCCGGAGCAGCUGCACUUCCGGUCAGUGAAACUAUCACUAUACCCAGUGAGUAACCCGUAUUACGAUGCUACCUCUAAACCGUCUAUAA